GCCCUAGCGUGUGUCAUGUCUUGGCUGCGUCUGGGGCCCAUGGCCCCUCCUUACGUGGCAACUAUUGUCUUUACUAGUCAAGGAGCUCAGCCUCUGGUGUGGGUCAAGGACCCGCUCCAGCUGACCUCUAACCCCCUGGGGCCACCUGAGCCCUGGUCUUCCCGCUCCUCCAAUCUCCCAUGGAAAUCUCCCCAUACACCUGCUCCCCCAGCAGCUGCGGGGGACUUUGAUUACCUGGGGCCCUCUGCUUCUUCGCAGAUGACAGCCCUGCCUCAGGAAUCAACUGAAAAUAUGGCUCCAUUCCUGAGGGAAUUGGAUUCAGCUGGAGAGCUGCCCCUGGGGCCAGAGCCGUUCUUGGCUGCACAUCAGGAUUUAAAUAAGUGGACUCCAGAAGAAAGGCUCCCAAAGGUGGCUCCGCUUCUGGACCGGGAUCAGAACCAGGCCCUAGUUCAGCUUCCUCGCCUCAAGUGGGUUCAAACUGCAGAUAUAGAUCGGGCUGCAGGUCGUCAGGCAGAUGAAAUACUUGUUCCACUAGACAGUAAGGUUUCAAGACCAACCAAAUUUGUUGUUUCGCCCAAGAACCUGAAGAAAGAUCUAGCUGAACGUUGGAGCCUUGCUGAGAUUGUUGGGAUUCCACACCAAUUAUCCAAACCUCAGCGUCAGAAACAGACUUUGCCGGAUGAUUAUUUGAGUAUGGACACACUGUAUCCCGGCAGCCUGCCUCCAGAACUCCAGGUGAACGCAGAUGAGCCUCCAGGGCCUCCUGAGCAAUUUGGACUUUCUCAAUUCCAUCUAGAGCCCAAAAGUCAAAAUCCAGAGACCCUUGAAGACAUCCAGUCCUCUUCACUCCAGGAAGAAGCCCCAGCGCAGCUUCUACAGCUCCCUCAGGAGGUAGAACCUUCAACCCAGCAGGAGGCCCCAGCUCUGCCUCCAGAGUCCUCUAUGGAGAGUCUAGCUCAGACUGCACUGAAUCAUGAAGUGACAGUUCAACCUCCAGGUGAGGAUCAAGCUCAUUAUAAUUUGCCGAAGAUUACAGUCAAACCUGCAGAUGUGGAGGUUACCAUGACUUCAGAGCCUAAAAAUGAGACAGAAUCUACCCAAGCCCAGCAGGAGGCCCCAAUUCAGCCUCCAGAGGAGGCGGAACCUUCUUUUACAGCCCUGAUGACUACAGCUCCUCCUCCAGAACACCCUGAGGUGACACUUCCACCUUCAGACAAGGGUCAGGCUCAGCAUUCACACCUGACUGAAGCCACAGUUCAACCUCUGGACCUGGAGCUUAGCAUAACUACAGAGCCUACUACAGAGGUUAAACCGUCUCCAACCACGGAGGAAACCUCAGCUCAGCCUCCAGACCCGAGGCUUGCCAUAACUCCAGAACCCACUACAGAGAUUGGACAUUCCACAGCCCUGGAGAACACUAGAGCUCCUCAUCCAGACCAGGUUCAGACUCUGCAUCGAAGCCUGACUGAAGUCACAGGUCCACCUACAAAGUUAGAAUCUUCGCAGGAUUCAUUGGUGCAGUCUGAAACUGCACCAGAGGAACAGAAGGCCUCCACAAGCACCAACAUAUGUGAGCUCUGCACCUGCGGAGAUGAGACUCUGUCAUGUGUUGGUCUCAGCCCAAAGCAGAGGCUCCGCCAAGUGCCUGUGCCAGAGCCCGACACCUACAAUGGCAUCUUCACCACCUUAAAUUUCCAAGGAAACUAUAUUUCAUACAUUGAUGGAAAUGUAUGGAAAGCAUACAGUUGGACCGAGAAACUAAUUCUCAGUGAAAAUUAUUUGACUGAAUUACAUAAGGAUUCAUUUGAAGGCCUGCUAUCCCUCCAGUAUUUAGAUUUAUCCUGCAAUAAAAUACGAUAUAUUGAAAGACAUACAUUUGAAUCACUACCAUUUUUGCAGUAUAUAAAUCUGGGCUGCAAUUUAAUUACAGAACUGAGCCUUGGAACAUUUCAGGCGUGGCACGGAAUGCAGUUUUUACACAACUUAAUUCUCAAUCGCAAUCCUCUGACUACUGUCGAAGAUCCAUAUCUCUUUGAACUGCCGGCAUUAAAAUAUCUAGACAUGGGAACAACACACAUCACACUUACAACACUUAAGAACAUUCUCACGAUGACUGUUGAACUGGAAAAACUGAUCUUACCUAGCCAUAUGGUCUGCUGCCUCUGCCAAUUUACAAAUAUCAUUGAGGCUGUCCGCAAAACAGUCAAGCUGCAUUGCAACACUGCAUGUCUGACUAACAGCAUACAUUGUCCUGAAGAAGCAUCUUUAGGGACUCCAGAAGGAGCGUUCAUGAAGAUGUUACAAGCUCGGAAGCAGCACAUGAGCACUGAGCUGACUAUUGAGUCAGAGGCGCCCUCAGACAGCAGUGGCAUCAACUUGUCAGGCUUUGGGAGUGACCAGCUUGAAAUUCAGCUAACCGAGCAGCUACGGUCCCUCAUCCCCAACGAGGAUGUGAGAAAGUUCAUGUCUCAUGUUAUCCGGACCUUGAAAAUGGAAUGUUCAGAAACACAUGUGCAAGGGAGCUGUGCCAAGCUCAUGUCGCGAACAGGCCUCCUGAUGAAGCUUCUCCGCGAGCAGCAGGAAGCAAAGGCGUUGAAUGUAGAAUGGGAUACGGACCAACAAAAAAAAAAUUAUAUUAAUGAGAACAUGGAACAGAAUGAACAGAAAGAGCAGAAGUCAAGUGAGCUCAUGAAAGAAGUUCCAGGAUAUGACUAUAAGAACAAACUCAUCUUCGCAAUAUCUGUGACUGUAAUACUAAUAAUUUUUAUUAUAAUUUUUUGUCUUAUAGAGGUGAAUUCACAUAAAAGGGCAUCAGAAAAAUACAAAGACAACCCAUCAAUAUCAGGAGGCUGAGCACGAGUUAAAGCAUGUGGAUGGCCUGGAGCCAUGUUUUUAAAAUUGUUAUUAAAUGUUGGUUUUUUACUUAAAUCAAUGAAAACUUUCUUUACUUUGUGGUUGUGUUCCUCAAAAUGAGAAUUUUUAACAAUAAUAAAAAUAAAGCUUGUUAGAUCAUUUUUAAUGGUAAUAAA